CGGGAGCUCUCCUACACGUGAUGGCAGGGGUUGGGCAUGAGAGAGGGUUGAGCAGAGCCCGGGCUUGGACUUGGGUUCCUGGGAGUUGUAGCCACCGCUCUUCCCCGCUCGGAUCCAGGGCGUGCGAGGGGAAGUCUGCACCCGGGCCUCCGUGGGUGGACCGAAGUUAGCCGGAACUUAGUCCUUGACUCGAGGGACUCAGGGGAAGCCCCGGGAGGCCAGGCGGCAUCUAGCCCACGAGGCUAGGUCGGGAGGGGGAAGAAAAGUGGAGGGUGGUGUGGAGAGGGAGGUCAGCCCUCCACGCCCCACCCAGGAAGCGCCGGCAAAGUUUCCCUUUUCUGCUUUCUCAUCAGCCUAAGCCCCACCGAAGUAAGCGCCCGAGAAGUUAACGCCGACACCGUCACUUGCUGACUUGCCCUCCACGUCCUCCCCCCUCCCGAUUUCCCGUCUCGUCCACUUCCCUCACUCCGCGUCAUGGGCAGCCGAGACUACCUGUUCAAGGUGCUGGUGGUGGGAGACGCCGCCGUGGGCAAGACGUCCCUGGUCCAGAGGUACUGCCAGGACAGCUUCAGCAGACACUACAAGUCCACCGUGGGAGGGCAGGAGCGAUUCACCUCCAUGACCCGUCUGUACUAUCGGGAUGCCUCAGCCUGUGUCAUCAUGUUUGAUGUCACCAAUGCCACCACCUUCAGCAACUGCCAGAAGUGGAAGCAGGACUUGGACUGUAAGCUCACACUGCCCAGUGGGGAGCCUGUGCCCUGCCUAUUAUUAGCCAACAAGUCUGACUUAUCCCCAUGGGCAAUGACCAGAGACCAGAUUGACCGGUUCAGCAAAGAGAAUGGUUUUACUGGAUGGACUGAAACAUCAGUCAAAGAGAACAAAAAUGUUAAUGAAGCCAUGAGUUUAUUUCCUAGAGUCCUUAUUGAACAGAUGAUGGCCAAUACCAGGGAAGGCAACACAUCUCUAUCCACACAAGGCGACUACAUCAACCUGCAAACAUUAUCUUCACCUGGCUGGUCCUGCUGUUAAUUGUGUGCAGCUUUCUCCUUAUCUUGGAUUGGAGAAUCCAACCAUCUCUUUGUUAUUCUUCUCUACACCCAGCUGAAUUUGGGAUGACUCUCCUGCUGAGAAAACACCAGCCUUAUUCCAUUAGAGCAUUUUCUUCUGACCCAACAGAGUGGUACCGCAUUGCUCAGACAAGAUCUGUAAGUUCCUGCAUUGGUUGGAUAUCUGCUCUGAGUUACUCCCAUGGCAUAGACUGUGUGGCUCAGGGAGUGGAUUCCAAGUAGAGCCCUCUAUGCCUCUUCUCAUGGGAACCUGGCUAGAAUUUUAUUGGCAUGAGGGGAGAUGAAAGGCAGCACAUUUUUUUUCCAUUAUGAACCCCAGCUAUUCUUGAGACGGCCAUUCCAUGAUGGCAACUUCCUGACCAGACCAAGAGAACUAAGAUCAAGAUGUUUUCUUGCCAGACUCUUUUGUAGGUCAUUCAUUACUUUUGUAGCUCUCUGCAUCCAGGACUUUGGACUUCAGCGUCUAACUUUUGUCUGGCCAUCUGCAGACUUGGAACAACUCUAGCAGUUCUUGUGUUGCAUUUGUGGUUUUGAAAAGGCUCUGAAAUCGUGAUGAGCUUUCUAUCUCCUUAACAAUGGUGCAACUUUUCAUCCAUAUGUCUUGUGUGAUGAGAAUAUUUCUGUUCCUAAGUAUGGAUAAGGAAGAAAUGACUAGAAAGUCCUUCUGGGGUCUCAUUCUUCGUGGAACAAAGAGUAUAGUUUUACAGGCUGACUGGUUAAUAAAGAACCUGGUGCUAACUCAGCUCAGCAAAAGACAUUUGCUGACUAUGGUGUACCUCAGAUAGAAAUGGGACUUUGAAGUCCUCUGAAUCUGAGAGAAGGAGGAAACAGAGAGAAGGGGAGAGACGAGCAAGACUGGAUUGUGAGGGGCUGCUUGGUUCCUGGUACAGGUUCAUAGCUAUAGAAAGGUUGUGUGAUGCUGGGGAUAAGGAGGUUUACUAUCAAUGUAACAUUAAGCACAAAAUCCCAUGAUUCUCUUUCAUGUCACAGUCCACUUCUGGAUGUUGGGAUUUCUUCACGGGAUUAAAAUUUAUGGGAACGCUCUUUGAGGACAGUUCUCUACUCAGAGCUUAAGCUAAGUGAUAGGUCACAAAUGUGGAAAUGAUGAACACAGAGGCCAGGUAGCAGGUCAGAAAGAGACCAAAAUCUUUCCAAGAAAAAUGCAAACCAUUUGUACAAUCCUGAGAGACUUCUAAAGAGUCCUUUUGUUGAUAUAAAAAAUAAAUUUUGUCGACAAUUUAUGGGGAGUUUUUUUGUACUAUUAUUCAAAAUUUUUUACUGUGGUGAUUCUUAAGUAAACAUCAUGUAAUAGUCACCUUUUGUGAGAGAAAUUGACUUGAAUACACUCUAUUGUCCUGAAAAAUCACAAUCAAAUUGGAAAUAAAAAUUUUGUGUGCGCUCA